AAACUUUUCACCUCCCCAAGGCGCGAGAAUCUUGGAAACAGCCACCAGGGUGGGCGGGGUAAGAGCUGGUGCUCUACCAAUCAUCGAGCCAGCCCCUGGAAGCGCUGAGCCGUGGCCAAUCGGAACGCAGCGGCUUCCGUCUAGCCUGGCGCGCGAUAAUUUGAAGACGCUCACAGAGCGGCUGGCUCAGCGGACGAGAGCUCGCCCAUCUCUGAGGCGUGGGAAUUCAAUAAAGAAGAUGGCAGCUCUGACUCCAAGGAAGAGGAAGCAGGAUUUUUUGAACCGUGACAGUGAUAAAAAUGAAGAAAACCUGCAUUCCUCUCAACAAGGGCAUUUUGUUUUAAGUGCACUCAAAACAUCUGAAAUAAAUAGACGGCCAUCAGCAAAUCAAGGCUCACCAUUUAAAUCUGCUGUGUCCACUGUAUCUUUUUACAACCAAAAUAAGUGGUACCUCAAUCCAUUGGAGAGGAAGCUGAUAAAACAGAGUAGAUCUACUUACCUAAAAAAUAAUGUUGAAGAUAAAUCUUUUCCCAUCGUGACAGAAAAAAUGCAGGGAAAACCAGUCUGCCCCAAGAAGAACAACAAAAAGCCACAGAAGAGUUUAACUGCUAAGUAUCAACCAAGGUAUAGACACAUCAAGCCUGUAUCAAGGAAUCCUAAAAAUUCCAAGCAAAAUCGAGUAGUCUGUAAGCCAGUUGUGGAGAAAGAGAAUAAUUGUUAUUCAGCUGAAAAUAAUCCCAAUGCUCCUAGGGUUCUAAGCCAAAAAAUAAAACCACAAGUUACACUCCAGGGUGGAGCAGCAUUUUUUGUUAGUAGAAAAAAAUCCUCUCUUAGAAAAUGGUACAUGGAAAAUGAGCCAUCACUGGGACUCACCCAAAAGAAUAAAUCAGAAUUGAUUGAAGAUUGUGAUGUAGAGACUGUCAGUGAAAAAAAAACACUUGAGACAAGGAAAGUGCCAAAGUGCUUGUUCCUAGAAGAGAAAUUGAACAUUGAGCUACUGAAUGCAAGCAGUAAAAAUCAAGAGAAAUUAAUAAAGGACUCAUCAGGUGACAGUGUUUCUUCAAAGGAAUAUGAAGUUGAUAAAAAGUCUUUUCCUUCAGAGGAUUCUCUUGGUGAGAAGACAAUUUCUCCUAAGUCCACUGUCUAUCCAAUCUUCAAUGCAUCUUCAGUCAGUUCAAAAAGAUCUUUAGGUGAAGAACAGUCUUCUGUGGGAUCUGUCAACUUCUUGAAACAGACCAAUAUUCAGAAAAAUACUAAUAUCAGAGAUACAAGUAAAAAAACAAAAGACCAGCUCGUCAUUGACGCUGGUCAGAAACAUUUUGGGGCCACUGUGUGUAAGUCUUGUGGCAUGAUAUAUACUGCUUCCAACCCUGAAGAUGAAAUGCAACAUGUACAGCAUCACCAUAGAUUUCUGGAAGGAAUCAAAUAUGUGGGUUGGAAGAAAGAACGUGUAGUAGCAGAGUUUUGGGAUGGGAAAAUCGUGUUGGUUCUGCCACGUGAUCCAAGCUUUGCUAUCAAAAAGGUAGAAGAUGUCCAAGAACUUGUUGAUAAUGAAUUGGGCUUCCAGCAAGUUGUUCCUAAAUGUCCAAACAAAAUAAAAACUUUUCUUUUUAUAUCUGAUGAAAAGAGAGUAGUUGGGUGUUUAAUUGCAGAACCCAUCAAACAGGCCUUUCGUGUCCUGUCUGAACCAACUGGUAUGCAAUCCCCAAACUCUAAAGAAUGUCCUAGGGCUUGGCAAUGUUCAGAUGUACCAGAACCUGCAGUCUGUGGGAUAAGUAGAAUCUGGGUUUUCAGAUUGAAGAGAAGAAAGCGCAUUGCAAGACGACUGGUUGAUACUCUCAGGAAUUGCUUCAUGUUUGGCUGUUUUCUGAGCACUGAUGAAAUAGCAUUUUCUGACCCGACACCAGAUGGCAAGUUAUUUGCAACCAAGUACUGCAACACACCUAAUUUUCUUGUGUAUAAUUUUAAUAGUUAAAGCUGAUUUCAGUUAUAAAGCAGUUACUAUCUGGAUAAGUUCAGAGAGAACUUUAUUAUAAAAUACAAACUUUUAAUAUUAAAAAAAAUACCAAAACUCAGUUAUGCACACAGACACACAUACACACAUAUCACAGUUUUGUUCCUUAUGAGUUGAAAAGUCAGGAAUUAAAUUUGUUGAAAAUUAUCUGGGAUUCAAAGGAAGGAAAAAUCUUCGGGUGAUUUACUGAUUAGCACUCUGAAUUGUUAAUUACAAUUACACUCUGAAAUUUUGUAGGUAUAACUGGAAAAUUACUUGACUGUUAUGUAAGAGCAUUGACAAAGGAAAGUGAUUUUUGUCUAGAAAUGUGACCUGGUCUUCUAUAAAACACACUGUUAGACCAGGAUUAUCUAAUGCCCCAUCAGAAGCAAAGAGGCAAAUUUACACUUGGGCAAGUAAUUUCUAUGCUCAAUUUGUAAAAGGAAUUCCUGAAUGUUUUUUUUUAAUAGAGGCAGGGGUCUCAUUAUGUUUUCCAAGCUGGAACUUUUGGGCUCAAGCGAUCCUCCAAAAGUGCUGGGAUUACAGUCAUGGCCCACCGUGCCCAGCAUCAUUCCUGACUUUUCUAUAUGAAGUCUUUACUUGGUAGGCACUCAUCUGUACUAAGUCAGUUUGAGUAUCUUUGGAAAAUGUUUAGAAUUUAUUUUUUGUAACAAGAAAAGAUGGUAAGGAUUAAUAUUAUCCUAUUUGCAUUUCCGUAGAGCAGAAUUCUAUAGCUUAAUGUUUAAUCUUUUUGAAAAUAAAAUUAAAUGUUCAUCUGUCAGAUUUAAAAUUAUACUUAAUAAUUGCACUAUUUUAUUUUUUUGUUUGGAAAUAUUGGUAGUACUGCUUUAGGAACUUCUUACUGGCAAUUGAUGUCAUUAACAAAAUGCCUAGUUGGAGUAGAUGAUACAUUUGGCCUUAUUUUCUAAUUUUUUGCUUAUUUAAAAUGCACCUUACUUGUUCUAUAUGGCAAAAGUCUUUACAAAAUAUAUGGUUAUAGAACCAAGGUUAGUAAAUAUACAUACGCUGGUGGAUCAGAGACCAUGACUCUGUGUAAAUACAAUGAAAUGUUCGCACAUUUUACUUGUAUAAUCCUUGGAUACUUUAAAAAGCAAAACAUUGUUCAAAUUGUUCUGAUUCUAA